AUGCAACGUGGCUACUACACACCUGCGCUGGCACCAAUGCUACAAAGUUUGGUAGGGGAGCUCUCCAGUAAUGAUAUCCUUGUUGCAUUGGCCGCUAUGGAUGCCUUGUCGGAUGUAGCAAUCGCGUCCAACGUCGGAGCCGCUGUCGUUAACGAGUCGGGAGCUCCACAGAAGAUUUACGAGCUAUUGCAAAGUAGCAAGGACGCGCCAGAUGGAGGCUUCAUUUACCCAUCGUGCGUGAAGUUUUUUGGUACUCUGAGUCGUGUCUACCCGGACGUCAUAAACAGCUUUCCAUCAUUUGUUCCUGCUGUAAUGGACAUGGUUAGGCAUUUUGACUUGGUGGACGCUUCGCAACGAGUGUUGGCUUUUGACACAUUAGCACAAGUUGCCUACAAAGCUGAAGCAAAGCAGAAUCUACAGAAAUUACUCGGUGAUCAAGGCAUAGCGCGUGUGAUGGAAGCCUUCGCUGCGGCGUUAUCCAGUGGACCAGUUGAACUCCGUGUACGGCAUCUUGACGCAUUUGCAACUAUUUUCGAGCUUGGCGAUAAUGAGUUGCUGGCGCAAUGGUUCUCCUAUUUGGGCCCACCAAUGCCAUCUGUACUGUUGAGUCUGGUUCAGAAACCAUUCCCAGAUCUCCGUCUAGCAUCUCUUCGCACAUUCGCUUCUCUGCUGGCCCAUCCGUUCGCUUUGCAGAUAUUCCUUGGCUUGUCAGGAUUUCUCGACUGGUUACUGGAUCCUUCCACUGAGCAUGAAUGGGAAGCCACUCGUCUGAAAGGGGACAUAAUCCGAGCUCUGAUCAACAGCAACUCACCGCUUAUCGAUGCUCCGCUGAAAUUGAGGAUGAGAGCGUAUUUCGUGGCACCAAAGAAAGAUCCCGAGGUGGAGAUGAUGUUGUAA